UUUUUAUCUGGCAAUGCUAGCUUUCGUUUGAUUAGACUUCUGUGUGUUGAUAAUGUAAUUCAUAAUUUUCUUUAUUUACAUUUUUUUAUUUACAUGCGAUGCAUUGACCUCAUGUUUCUCAAAAUGAUGAUUUCACGCUAGAAUUCUGAAACAACACAGCUGUAAAGAUGAAACAGAUACUUUAUUCAUUUCUUUGCAUUAGUUUGCUUUUAAUUAAAGUUGCUGCGGUAAAAGCAUUAUCAUGUUCAAACGUUAAAUAUGCUUAUACUACCAAAGGAUUUGACGACGGAGAUGUGCCAAAAUCUGCAAUAUCUGGUGAACAUUUGAGAAUUUGUGAGAGAGGUCUGACGUGCUGUACUGAAGAAAUGGAACAUAAAUUAAGUACUCAUAGUCGAGCUGAAUUUGAUAAACUUUUACAUAAUACCAUUGGUGAAUUGAAAGAUAUCUUUGAAACUCACACACAUCGCUUUGACGAAUUUUUCCGUGAACUCCUGAAAGUGUCUAGAAGAGGUUUCCAUGAUAUGUUUGUUCGCACUUAUGGACAGCUUUAUGAGCAGAAUGCAUAUUUGUUUAGUUCGAUGUUUGAUGAUCUAGAAAAAUACUAUGCAACUGGAGGUGUUGAUCUUGAAGACGCAAUGGAUGAUUUUUUUCAUCGGUUGUAUGGAAAAAUGUUUCAGGUACUGAAUGCCCAACACCGUUUUGAUAAUAGAUAUUUAGAGUGCGUAAGUGAACAGAUGAAUGAUCUGAAGCCAUUUGGAGAUGUACCAAAUAAAUUAAUAUUGGAUAUCAAAAGGUCAUUUGUGGCUACCAGAACUUUUGUACAAGCUCUUUCUGUUGGAAAAGAUGUUGUAAAGAGCAUAAUGGAGGUGGGCCCUACUCCAGAAUGUAGUCGUGCUUUGAUGAAAAUGGCUUAUUGCCCGCAUUGUCAUGGCUUGCCAGAUCUGAAACCAUGUUCACCUUAUUGCUUGUAUGUUUUGAAUAAUUGCUUAAACAAUCAUAUUGCUUUUGGAAGUGAAUGGAGUUCUUUUAUUGAUUCCCUUAUCAAUCUUGUAUCUCGGCUUGAAAACUCUUAUAACAUUGAGUCUGUUUUGGAACCGAUCGAUAUAAAGAUUUCUGAAGCAAUCAUGAACUUUCAAGAGAAUGGAGUUGCAAUAUCUAAAAAGUUAUUUCAUAAAUGUGGAAAACCACGCCUAGGAAAACGUGAUCUUUCUGAUCAGGAAAUUCCAUUAGAAAAACUUAAAUUCCUGCAUAAUCAUGGUGCUCGGCCAACUACUGCUGCAGGCACAAGUAUUGAAAGAUUAGUUGAUAAUCUGAAAAAGAAGACAAAAAGAAUUAAGAAAUUUUGGCAAGAACUUCCGUUAAAAAUGUGCAGUCAUUCAUUAAUGGAAGAAGGAUCACAGGGCUGUUGGGACGGCAAUGCUGAAACAAAGAAUGUAAAUGCUUCUAUUAAGCAUCUUCUUCCCUUCAAAGAUUCUAAAGAGCCUAAUGAGAAUCCAAUAAUAAAUCAGCAGAUAUUGACCUUGAACCUUAUAAGUACCAAACUAUCACAUGCUUAUAAAGGUCUAGAUGUUGAAUGGGAAGAUUCAGCUGAUUCAUCUAGUGGUAGCGGCAGUGGCAGUGGCUUUGGGCAUAUAGCCACAGCUGAAGAUUUUGAAGACUUGUUUUUCAGUGUGCCAAGAGCUUUACCAACUGAUAAAGUACCUCCUUCAUAUCAAACACCUGCCACUACAUCUUCAGGAAAUUUAGUAUAUUUUUCAUUCAACAUUUUAAUAUUAGUAAUUUUCACAAAAUGGGCUCUAAGCUAAUAUUUUUUUCUGAUGUUCUUCGUAUAUACGUAUCAUUAUCAAUACAUAUGACAGUUACUUUAAAGACUUGUUAGUACGUAUUGAAAAUGUUGAUCGGAGAUAUUUUUAUACUUACACUAAGUGUUCAAUUGUGUUUUAGCUUCAUUCAACUGUGUAUAUAGGUAUUCUUUCAAGUAUCUCAAUCAUAUCAUUUUUGAUCGUCAAAAAUACAUUUAACUAAUUGAAAAUUUGCAUUUCCCCCUUCAGAUUCCUGCCAUUUUUAUUGCAAUUGUUUCUAAGUGUAUUAUUCAGCUUUUAUUUGUUUUGUUUGUACUUAACUUAUUAUUAUGUAAUAGUAAAUGAAAGUAUCAGUUUACACAAUGUUGUUUUACUUGUAGUUAUUCUGUAUUUGUUUGUGUUUUAAAUACUUUUUAUACAACUUGAGACGUGUAAUUAUAAUUACAUAAGCUGCUUUUUUAGAUAAUUUUCAAAAGCUGUUUCAUUUUCUUUAGUUUAACGUGAGCAAGAGGCUGGUGAAUUUUAAUUUUGUUGAAUUUCCUCUUUUAAUCGAUUCCAGUGCAAUUUAUUUUAUUCUGAUUUCAUUAUAUCACUAUCGAGGUGCAUUGAGAAUUAUAUUUUCAAGUAGAUGUUAAUUUUUUUUCUGGUAUUUUCUUCAAGUUAGAAGUUUCUAUUUGAUUUAUAUUGAAAUCAGUAUACUCAAUUAUGUGGGCUUUUAAAGUCAAACUGUUAACUGUAUCGAUGUAUUUUUAAGGAUUUGUUUUUAUAUGUCGUAUAUCCUAAAGAUAUUGCUUUGAAAAUGCAACUUAUGCAUAUGGUUCCCAUUUGCUUUUAAUCAUAACGUUGUUUGUAAGGCUGAAUAAAAGUUUAAUUUCAAAUUUGUUUCCAACUGGGAAAUAACGUGAUUUUAACAUUGUGUUCAACUUUUGUU